ACUACGGACGUCUUACAUGCGGACACAAAAACAGACUUACAAACAAUGUAGAUAUAUAAUGUGUCAUCGCCCUUAUUUUUAAACUUAUGAUUGACUUGCAUGUUUUGUGUUGUACAUUAACAAAUCAGUCCGAACUAUUAUAAAAGCAUAAUCAGACUGUGCAUGAUCAUAUUCUACAAAAGUAGCUAUGAGCUCUUCGUCGACUGCAGUGCUGCUGCUGGAAACGGUCAACUUCGCUGCAGAGAAACAUCGAAAUCAGCGCCGUAAAGAUCCUGAUGCCACACCAUACAUCAAUCACCCCAUAGGGGUGGCAAGGAUUUUAAGUCAUGAGGGUGGAAUCACAGAUCUUGAAGUUUUACAAGCUGCAUUGCUUCAUGACACAGUAGAGGACACUGACACAACCUUCGAUGAGCUGGAGUCUGUGUUUGGACCGACAGUGGCGAGGAUCGUCCAGGAGGUUACAGAUGACGGGUCGUUACCAAAAGAGGAGAGAAAACGGCUGCAAGUGGAGCACGCACCACACCGCAGCCAUCAAGCCAAGCUAGUGAAACUUGCAGACAAGUUGUACAAUUUGCGGGACCUCAAUCGUUGCACUCCCACAGGUUGGACGGCAGAAAGGGUUCAAGAAUACUUCGUGUGGGCGUCUCGGGUGGCAAAAGGGCUCCGUGGCACCAAUGCAGCUCUCGAGGAGAAACUGCAGCAGCUCUUUUGGGAGAGAGGAGUGGAGUUAUGAUGGUGUCACACAAGCCACUGGUGGAAAUUAUGGAGCUUUUUAUUUUAUUUUUUUGUAACUGAUCAUCGUCAAGGGAUGUUCUUUACCCUAAAGCAGGGUUCCUCAAAUCUUGCCCUGGAGGUCCAAUGCGCUGCAGAGUUUAGCUCCA